AUGGGUUAUGUGGAUGGUUUUAAUCUCUGCCCAUCAACUACUCAAACCGUGCUUCGCACCUUUUGGAUUCAGCAAGAUCAACUCCUCCUUCAUGCGAUUCUUGCUUCCGUCUCACCGCAGGUCAUCUCCCUUAUUGCCUCUGCCAAGACAUCCAAUGAGGCUUGGGACAAGCUUCUCCAUCUCUUUGCUAGCAAAACCCGUGCCCGCGUUCUUGAUGAGCUCGCCAUCAUUGAUGUCCCCCUCUCUAAUGACGAUCUCCUCCUCUACAUUCUUAAUGGUGUUGGCUCUGACUUCAAGGAAAUUGCUGCGGUAGUUCGUUCUCGCGACACCUCAAUCUCUUUUGAAAACCUGCAUGACAAACUGGUUGAACAUGAAGCUGCUCUCAAGCGUGAUGAUACCAUUGUUGUAGCCCCAGUGAUCACUGCCAAUGUCACUCAGACAUCUCGCUCCCACACCUCAAACCGUGGCUACCGCUCUCACAACUCCAACUCCAACCGUGGGUCCUUUGCCUCUCGCAAUCCUUCUCGUGGUUCCUUCGGGCACCCCACACAUCUUCCAUUGACACCAAUUCUCGUAGUUCCUACAAGCCUACCCAACAAUCUUUCACCAACAAUGGUCGCCGCUCUACCAACAUGA